UUCCGGGCCGCGGUCUAGGGCGGCUACGUGUGUUGCCAUAGCGACCAUUUUGCGUUAACUGGUUGGUAGCUUCCCUCCUGGGGGUUGAGCGACUGCGGGCCAGCUCUUCCCCUACUCCCUCUCGGCUCCUUGUGGCCCAAAGGCCUAAGCAGGGUCCGGCGGUCUGGCCUAGGGAUAUUCCCCGUUGCCCCUUUGGGGCGGGAUGGCUGCGGAGGAAGAGGACGAGGUGGAGUGGAUGGUGGAGAGCAUCGCGGGAUUCCUGCGAGGCCCAGACUGGUCCAUCCCCAUCUUGGACUUUGUGGAACAGAAAUGUGAAGUUUUUGAUGAUGAAGAAGAAAGCAAAUUGACCUAUACAGAGAUUCAUCAGGAAUACAAAGAACUAGUUGAAAAGCUGUUAGAAGGUUACCUCAAAGAAAUUGGAAUUAAUGAAGAUCAAUUUCAAGAAGCAUGCACUUCUCCUCUUGCAAAGACCCAUACCUCACAGGCCAUUUUGCAACCUGUGUUGGCAGCAGAAGAUUUUACUAUCUUUAAAGCAAUGAUGGUCCAGAAAAACAUUGAAAUGCAGCUGCAAGCCAUUCGAAUAAUUCAAGAGAGAAAUGGUGUAUUACCUGACUGCUUAACCGAUGGCUCUGAUGUGGUCAGUGACCUUGAACAGGAAGAGAUGAAAAUCCUGAGGGAAGUUCUUAGAAAAUCAAAAGAGGAAUAUGACCAGGAAGAAGAAAGGAAGAGGAAGAAACAGGUGCCUAAAGAACAUAUAACAGAAUUAUCAGAGGCUAAAACAGAAGAGCCCACAGUGCAUUCCAGUGAAGCUGCAAUAAUGAAUAAUUCCCAAGGGGAUGUUGAACAUUUUACACACCCACCCUCAGAAGUUAAAGUGCAUUUUGCUAAUCAGUCAAUAGAACCUUUGGGAAGAAAAGUGGAAAGGUCUGAAACUUCCUCCCUGCCACAAAAAGGCCUGAAGAUUCCUGGCUUAGAGCAUGCGAGCAUUGAAGGACCAAUAGCAAGUUUAUCAGUACUUGGAACAGAAGAACUUCGGCAACGAGAACACUAUCUCAAGCAGAAGAGAGAUAAGUUGAUGUCCAUGAGAAAGGAUAUGAGGACUAAGCAGAUACAAAAUACGGAGCAGAAAGGAAAACCCACUGGGGAGGUAGAGGAAACGACAGAGAAAGCAGAAAUGACAGCAGAGGAGAAGCAAACAUUACUAAAGAGGAGACUGCUUGCAGAGAAACUCAAAGAAGAAGUUAUUAAUAAGUAAUAAUUAAGAACAAUUUAACAAAAUGGAAGUUCAAAUUGUCUUAAAAAUAAAUUAUUUAGUCCUUCCACCGAGGUUUUUAGUUUCAAACACUUUUGUAAAUCCAAAUAUCUUAUUAAACACUUUAGGUAAAGGACAGUAGGGAAGGCAGCUACUCAUACUGAUUAGUUUAAUACAAAUUCCUGAAUGUUUUCCCUUGGAAAGAGGGUAUAGAAAGAAACCAGUUGAUAGUAUGUUCAUUCAUUCAAACUCGGUUACCUACUGUUUGUGCCAGACAUUGUGCUAAGCGCUAAGGAUACAGUAGUCCACGAGACUGACAGGGUCAUUGCCUUCAUGCGGCUAGUGGAGAAGGCCCAAAGACCAAACUGUUAGAAAGGCAAAGUGUAAAGUCCUAUGAGCAGGGCUGGCUAAGCCUCUUUAAGCUGAAUGGAAGGUUAAUUACACAAAGAAUAGGUAAGGAACAACUCAGGUUCUGCAGCAGGAAAUAAAGCAUAUACUGAAAACUUGGAAUAUACAUAUGAGUGGAGAGGGUUAGCAUAUGAAAUUGGAGACAGGUGGAGUACUGAUAGUGCAGUCUUGUAGGGAAUGUGAGGAUUUAAUUUUUUUUUUUUUUUUUUUUUUUUUUAGAGACAGGAUCUUGCUUUGCUGCCCAGGCUGGAGGUAGCACAAUCCCAGCUGUGGAUUUUAAAUUUUGUAAUACCAGCAGUGUCAAGUCAUUGAAAAAUUUUAAUGCAAGGGCUGGGCAUGGUGGCUGACACUGUAAUCCCAGCACUUUGGGAGGCCGAGGUGGACAGACUGCUUGAACCCAGGAGUUUGAGACCAGCCUGGGCAACACGGCAAAACUCCAUCUCUACUAAAAAUACAAAAAAAUUAGCUAGGCAUGGUGGCACACACCUGUAGUCCCAGUUACCUGGGAGGCUUAGGUGGUAGGAUCACCAGAGCCCUGGAGGUCAAGGCUGCAGUGAGCUAUGAUCACAGCACUCCACUCCAGCCUGGAUGACACAGUGAGACCCUGUCUCAAAAAAUAAAUAAAUAAAAAUAAAUAAAGCAUGGAAGUUACAUGAUCACAUUUUUAUUACUGUAUGGCAACUAGUGCAUGAGGUAAAGUAGUUGUGGGUGUACCAUGUAUGAGACAGUCCAAUCAAGGGUAUAGAUACCCUGGGCAAUGGUAAGGUAGAUUUUACAUUUAUCAUUUACACCUAUAUAAGGCAGGAGCAAACAGGACUUGGAAAAUAGAUGUGCGGGAUGUAAAAAAUAAUUACUCUUUCUAGACAAACUAUUACUAAAACACAGGCAAAGGGAAUAAUUGAUUGAGCCUGUUGAAGGAGAUGCCACCAUUGGGUGUUGGUGUUUAAGAGAAGUGACCCUAGGAUAGUUUUCUGUAGUCUAUUUAAAGAUAAACACAAUAAUAGGAGACCUUUCUUUCAGAAACUUCCAGGCCGGGUGUGGUGGCUCAUGCCUGUAAUCCCAACAUUUUGGGAGGCUGAGCGGGGGCGGAUCACUUGAGAUCAGGAGUUCAAGACCAGCCUGACCAACAUGGUGAAACCCCAUCUCUACUAAAAUACAAAAAUUAGCUGGGUGUGGUGGUGCGUGCCUGUAAUGUGCCAGCUACUCUGGAGGCUGAGGCAGGAGACUCGCUUGAACCUGGGAGAUGGAAGUUGCAGUGAGAUCACGCCACUGCACUCCAGCCUGGGCAACAACAGAGCAACACUCCAUCUCCAAAAAAAAAAAAAAAAUUUCCAAUCUUGUAAUAUCCCAUGUCCACCCUUUUCUAAGUACAGGAUACUCCUGAGAUUUAACUUAUAAUCACAUUUUAUCUCCUUAAGUCUACGAUUAUAAGCUUUUAAAAAAGGAUACCAAAAUUAGUGUAACAAGAAUUACUCAGUUUCAGUUACACAAUUCCAACCUUCAACCUGCAGAAAAACCAGUAUUUACGUUUGUUGUAUUUUCAUCACUAGAGGGAUAAGAGGAAAUGCUAAGUGAUUAAAACACAGAAAUCUGUUUCAUGUAACUUUUUAUUAAAAAUAGUUUUUAUAUUGGAUACAUGUUUACAGAUACCAUUUUAAGAGGACCUAAGGCAUACAAAUGUGGGCUCUUGGCUUGCUUCACUGAGUAAAGAUAAAGAUACAAAAAUCCA